AUUCAGCAACUUAACUCUCAUUCAUUAAAAAAGCAAUCCAUUCUUACGCCACCAUGCCUUAUAUUAAAUUCCACUACCACCAACAAAGUCAUAACCUGCAACAGCAAGAGCUGACUCCAGCAACAGCGAAAGAAAGAGGAAGAAUAGCUAGGAAUUCGUCUUCCUUUUGCUGUUGUUGUCCCUCUCCUAAUCUUUGAUGGGUUCCGAGGUCUCCAAACAGGUUGAGAAAAGAAAAGCAAUCGAAAGAGAGGGAAAAACUCUCUCUGAUCUCAAAAACUCUGGAGAAGACUACCCUGGCUCAACUUACCAUCCAUCUGACAGAAAAAAUUGGAUGUCCGAACUCAACCCAGAGAAACUUGUCAUAAAACAAAUUGUUUGGCCUGGAACCCAUGAUUCUGCAACCAACAAGAUUGGCAUCCCAUGCAUCACUCGCCCUUUUGCUCAAUGCCAAUCCUUGUCCAUCUACCAUCAGCUUUUGAUGGGGACAAGGGUCGUUGACAUUCGGGUGCAAGAGGAUCGCAGAGUAUGCCACGGAAUCCUCGUUACAUACAGCAUCGACGUUGUCAUCAAAGAUGUCAAGAAGUUCUUAUCAGAGACCCAAUCGGAAAUCAUCAUCCUUGAGAUUAGAACCGAGUUUGGGCACGAGGAUCCUCCCGAAUUCGACAAGUACCUUGAGGAACAACUGGGGGAUUACCUAGUUCUCCAGGAUGAUAAUGUUUUUGAAAAGACCAUAGCUGAGGUGUUACCAAAGAGAGUUAUUUGCGUUUGGAAGCCAAGCAAAUCGCCACAGCCUCCAGCAGGAAGUCCUCUGUGGAGUGCAGGGUAUCUGAGGGAUAACUGGAUCAACACUGACAUGCCGUCAACCAAGUUUGAUAGCAACAUGAAGCAUCUCAGCGAACAGCAAUCUGUCACGUCCAGAAAAUACUUCUACAGAGUGGAGAACACCGUCACUCCUGUGGCGGAUAACCCCGUUGUGUGUGUGAAGCCUGUCACGGAACGCAUUCAUGGCUUUGCAAGACUCUUCAUCAGUCAGUGCUUUUCCAAAGGGUAUGCAGAUAGAUUGCAGGUAUUUUCCACGGAUUUCAUCGACCACGAUUUCGUUGAUGCAUGCGUUGGACUCACACGUGCGAGGGUAGAGGGUCAAGCAUGAAAAGAUGAAAUCAUCCACCUCGUCUUGAUAACUCGGUUUGUUGUUUCCUUUUCUUGUUCAUGGUUUUUAGCUGGAUCACGUAAAGUUAGAAUAUUUUUGCUUUUCUUGAAGUGGGUGUUUGAUGGAAAUUUCUGGUAUGGAAAGAAGCAUUGGCUUGGGCUGUGCUGUCAUUGAAUCUGUACCUCAUUUUUUGUGGUUCUACCAAUUACGAUGAAAUUAGAAGACAGAGAAUGGAAAUUACAAGAUGAAAAGUUUGUUCUA